AUGAAUGAACGCUCAAAAUGCUCGGAUUCAUCAUAUGCAGAUGAUUUGCCUGAUAACACACCUCAAUGUUCUCGACAGAAAUCAAAGGAAAAAGAAGAAAGUAGUCGCAAAACUGGUGGAGGAAAAUCGGAUGCGGUCGGCGCGUCUGUAUCAGAGGUCCCAAAAAAUUCAAGUGCAAGUAGAACUCGACCCGAUGAUGAAAAGCAAAGAAAUAACGACAAGAAAGCUGGCCAAAGUGCUAACAAAAAUGGUUCGGAUUCAUCAUCAACAUCACGAACUACAUCUGCCGCAGAUGGCGAUUAUCAAGGUGCAGAAUCUUCGAAAAAAAAGUUGCAAGACGAUGAAAACGAGUGCAUAGUGUAUAUUCCAGAUAUACCAUUUAACAUCAGAGACCGAAAGAAAUUCGAGAAAACUGUUUGUCAACUCAUCGCAAAGAAUACAAGUUCUCAAGGCGCUCAUGAUGUUCAAAGUUUUCCCGAGUUUGGUUUUGGUAUAAUUCAUGUCGUAGGCAAUGAGAUAAAACAGCAACUUGUUGAACAUGUUCAACAAAUCAAAUUAACGAUAGAAGAUAAUGAAAUAACGAUUCCAUUCAGCGAUACUCUAGAAGUUGUUUCGUUCGUUGUGUUGGACAAGAGCAAUCAACGUACAAGUAGUCGAUUGCCAACACCAGAAGACAUAAGUCGAAAAUGCGCCAUUUAUCUCAAUGUAGAGGAACCACUAUCGUGUGCUGUGCUAGAUGCACAAUUUCCCAAUAUUUAUCGUCUUAUUUAUGAAUUUUCAGAUCAACUCUCCAAAAGUGAUACUCAACAAAAAACUUUUAUCGAUGAUAUAUCAGCACAAAUAUAUCUUUUCGCCGAUUGUAGUUUCUUGGAAGAUCUUUCAAUAUCAACCACUGAAAUAAGCCUAGUGUCAGCAAUCAAAAAGUCUAUUCAACAGAAAAGCAUAUCAUCAUCAAAUAUUUACGCGCAAAUAGAUCAGCACACAUCCAGGGCAUGUGUUAUUGUUACUGGCGAAGCUCGUAAAUGGAUAACACAAUCGUGUAUUGAUAUUGAUGGUAGAAAAAUAUUGAGGAGGAGUUUUAACUAUCGCUUACUUAUUGAACCGGUUUCGAAAAGUGCCGUUGAUCGCAUUAUCAAUCAUCAAGUGUUUAAUGGAAAAGUGAUACAUCAUAAGUAUGCUGACAAGAAACUUCUUAUAACUGUGGAAGAUAAAUAUAUAUUUGACAGAUGCUUACGAUUAAAGAAACUAGAGAUUGAUGGCCAACAUUUUCGUAUUAGCGAGAAUGUUGCAUCGCAAGAAAUGGAUGAUUGCGAAAUCAAUGCUCAAACAUGGUACAAAACCAAAAUGGCCGAAGUCAAACCGGACAUCAUGCAAUUCCUAGACGAUCCUGAUCAUUUCAUUUUUAAGUGCCGAUGGAAUGAAAAAGCAUGGCUCGAAGAGUUUCAAAAUUCAGCAUCUACACUGUAUCAUGGUGACCGCGAUCGCGGUGCUUCACGCUCCGAAAAGUCUGCGAAACCCGAUCAAACACGUCAUCUACUUCGAAUGACUGUCAUGCUCGAUACUUUUGCUGCCGUGAAGAAGAAACAUUAUCUAGUCAGUGAUCGAAAAGUGAAGUUAAAUCUGGAUGAUAAAUUAACCACCAUUAUUUACAAUCAUCAAUCCAAACUCGAACAAUGCUCAAAAAUACCAUACGAAAAGAUUAAAUACAAAGAAACAAACAUUCGGGUACAGGAAGAAGACUGUCUUGUAGUAUAUGAACAGCUAGUUCAAGAUGGUUACCGUCCCGUACUGUUAAACAUGGCUAAUCAAACAACUCCAGGAGGUGGAUAUAAAAAAGGUGAUGGCGCACAAGAAGAGAACAUCUUCCGUCGAUCCGAUUACUUUCGCAGCCUAGAUCUCGAAUUAGACUCAUAUCAUGAUCAACGAGCUGAACGCUUUAUCUGCACAUCUGACUGUGAAAAAGAGCCUGUGGGUGAUGAAAAGCGCAUCUAUCCAAUGGAUGAAUUCGGUGCAAUUUAUACUUCAGGUCUCACCGUGUUUCGUCAUUCAGAAGACCGAGGUUAUGCUUACAUGAAGAAACCAUUGACAGAUGUUUGUGCCAUUGCCAUCGCUGCUUAUCGAGUUCCUGAACUAGAUGACAAUCGAUUAGCACCAGAAGCAGCUGUGGGCAUGCGAAAAAAGAUUGAAACUAUUUUUUCGAUCGCCCAUCGUCAAGGCCAUGAUUCACUUGUCCUGUCUGCUUUUGGUUGUGGUGCAUUCAAAAAUCCACCUGAACAUGUGGCACAACUGUUCCUAUCAGUUAUUGAACAGUAUGCAGGCUUCUUCAAAGAAGUUGUGUUCGCGAUCAUCGACGAUCACAAUACGGGUGGCCAAUUAAACCGAGAAGGCAACUUUAAGCCAUUUGAAAAGUUGGAUGGCAAAUCAGUUAAGCGUACCAAACUAGCAGGUGUUCCAAAUACAAUUAUCGGCCCAUAUCGACUCCUCUCGGAUGGAUCGACUGUGAGUGAUGUUUGUAUAUUUGAUUCAACACCAUGUAAAUUCGCAGCUAUGUGUAAUGAUCGUAAUCCAGAUCAUUUACGUAGUUUUUCUCACCCACCAUUAUGUGCCAUGGCAUUUGGCAAAGAUCGAUGCGAAAAAUCAUCUGAUAGAGUUCAUAUGUACUCAUUUAUUCAUCCUAGAAAAUGUCUAGAUGGAGGUGAAUGUACUCUGAUUGAUAACAAAAAGCACUGCCAAGAAUUCGAACAUCCACCAUUUUGUUCGAAAGAAGGUUACUGUACCAAUAUGGAGGCAGUUCAUCUACGAGCAUAUCGUCAUUUACCACUUUGUCCAGAAGCACACAAAUGUAAAGAUUUUCUAAAGAGCAUCAGAACUCAUUGUGAUCAAUAUCGUCAUUGUAAACCGGGAUGUCCACAGGGAAAUAGAUGCAACAAGUUUCACGACAAACAACAUGUUGACGAAUGUUACCAUCCAUUUCUUCCACCAUGUCCAUUCACUCCAUUUCACUGUCGAUUCUACAACGAUUGCUUUCAAGAAAACAAAAAGAACGACGACGACCAGCAUUUCAGUCGAUUUUCACAUGUGUGUUGGUAUGGAAGUAACUGCACAGACCAAACUGGGAGACAUAUAAAAAACUUCAUUCACAUAGAUCGAAAAAGUUGUUCGUUCGGUGAUAAAUGUGAAAGAAUGAAACAAGAGGAUCAUUUAAACACAUACUCACAUACAAACGUUCCUGAUAUACGACCUCUGUGCAAACAUGGCAAACGGUGUACCUCUCAAACUGAUCAAAGCCACAAUGCUCACUUUCGUCAUUGUGCUUCGCCUGAAGAUAUGAGCGUGAUUGACUGCCGCGAUAUGAAUGUGGAUAUCAACUUCGUUCAGAACCAAAGAGACACAGUUGAAAAUAUCAUUAAAUGUCUCAAAAGCUCAUUGAUUUCAUUAACAAAUCUUCCUGAAGAUAUUCUUCGAUGGUUUCGUGUAGUUCAACCUGUUUAUCGUUGUAGUCAGACCAUGUUUGAACUGUUUGUUCUUCAACAGAAAGUUAUGAGUCAAUAUUAUAUGAAAAAAUUGAAAGAACCAAAAUUUGUGGUCGAUUUAGUUCUUCAACAUGAUCAAAUCCGUUGUAUACAAGCUCGAGGGAAAAGAUCAGUGAAGGAAGAUGUUAAGCAGUAUAUCGCGUUUAUGAUGGAAGAGGAGUAUGUGAGCUUGUCUAGGGGUUCAUUCUCAUCAAAUCAACACACCGAUACUCGACGAAAAAAAGAGGAAGACCUUCAGCAGUCAAUUUCUCAACAAGACAUCGAUAUAAUUAAAAAAACAACGAGAUCUAUGGCGAAAAGAGCUUUUGA